AUGUCUGAGAAGAUAACCGACGCGACUGCGCCCGUCCAGGCGCCACUCGCGCCUGCAGUUUCGCCCGACUCGGGCUUGGACGCCUCCAAGCAUGCCGACCUCGUCGACAUGACGGUCAACGCUCGUCGCGCCGCCGACAAGGAGCGGGGCAUGACCCUCAUGCAGGGCUUGCGCCUAUACCCAAAGGCCGCUGCGUGGUCAAUGCUCAUCUCCAUGUGCAUUGUUAUGGAGGGCUUCCAGGUGUGCCUCACGCCCAACCUCAUCAACCUCCAGUCGUUCGCGAGCAAGUUUGGUCACCUCAACAGCAAGGGGGUGUACGAGGUGGAGGCCAAGUGGAUUGCGGGCUUGACCAACGGUGCGACGGUCGGCCAGAUCAUCGGUCUCUUUAUCGCCGGUAUUGUUGCUGAGCGCAUCGGCUAUCGCUACACGGUCAUCAUCGCGCUCGUGUGGAUCACGGCCUUCCUCACCCUCUUCGUCACCGCCAACAACCUCACAACCCUCCUCAUGGGCGAGAUCCUUUGCGGCCUCCCUUGGGGUGCGUUCCAGACCAUCUGCAUCAGUUACGCCGCCGAGGUUUGCCCCAUCGCGCUCCGCGGGUACCUCACAUGCUUUGUCAACUGCUGCUGGGGCAUUGGGCAGGUGAUUGGUAUCGGCGUCAUCAAGGCGCAGGCCGACCGUAACGACAUGGGUCACUGGUCGUGGCGCUUGCCUUACGCGCUCCAGUGGAUGUGGCCCGUGCCCCUCGCCAUCGGCGUCUUCUUCGCUCCCGAGAGCCCUUGGUGGCUCGUCCGCCGCGGCCGCCUCGAGGACGCCAAGAAGAACCUCCUCCGCCUUACCUCGCUCAACCGCGACACCGAGUUUGAUGCCGACGAGACCAUCGACAUGAUGCGUCACACUACCGAGCUCGAGCAGGAGAUCACCGCGGGCGCAUCCUACCUUGACUGCUUCAAGGGUGUCGACCUUCGCCGCACGGAAAUUGUUGCAAUGACAUGGGCUAUCCAGAACCUCUCGGGCAACUCGUUCUCAGGAUACUCGGCCUACUUCCUCACCAAGGCUGGUGUCUCGCCCUCGCACUCUUACUCGUUCGCGCUCGGCCAGUACUCGAUCAACAUUGUCGGCGUGUUCGGCGCGUGGGCCCUCAUGGCUUGGGGCAUCGGCCGUCGACGCUUGUACGUUGGUGGCCUCGCGUGCCUCUGUGUCGCACUGUUCGUCAUGGGCUUCCUCGGUCUUGUUCCCAAGGCGCACCGAGACUCUGGCGCGAUGGCCACCGGCGCAAUGAUGAUCAUCUGGGCCGCCUGUUACCAGCUGACCGUCGGGUCCGUGUGCUACUCACUCGUCGCCGAACUGUCGACGCGCCGGCUUCAGAUCAAGACAGUCGUCAUUGGCCGCAUGGCGUACAACAUCAUUGCGAUCAUCUGCAACAUUCUCACGCCAUACAUGCUCAACGAGAGCGCGUGGAACUGGGGCAACUUUGCCGGCUUUUUCUGGGGCGGCUCGUGUUUCCUCUCUCUCGUGUACGCCUACUUCCGCAUCCCCGAGCCGCGCGGACGCACGUUUGCCGAGAUUGACGUUCUCUUCGAGCGCAAGGUGCCGGCACGCAAGUUUGAGUCUACCAAGGUCGACCCGUUCGAGGUCCACCUCGACGAGAAGCGUCACAGUGUCUCGCACGUCGAGCUGCCGGAAAAGGCGUAG